AUGGACAAUGAUUGGGAUAUAGAAUGCUCAGAUGAAGAGUUAAAGGAUUGUAAGGGACCGUGGGAACCCAAACCAGAGGAAAUAGACCGUUUGUAUACAAUGUUAGAAAAUGGUGAAAGUCAAGAAUUAUAUUGGAAAUGCCCGGGCUAUCGUUCACCUUCUCCGGAAAUAACUGAAGAACCAGAGGAUGACAAUGAAUCUAAAGAGUUAGUUUUGAAUAAACGAAUUAUUUAUCUACUUAUAUUGUUUAUUUACAGACCAGAAGAACCCACCGAUUUUGAUUUUAUGGAUGAAGUAACCUCCCCAAAAUUGAAAAUUCGUAAUAAGGGUGAAGAAACCCUUAAAGGAAGUGCUAAAAAGAAGACUGCAUCUUUAGAUGGGGUUCUGAGCAAUAUGAGAAGACAUAAUUUACUACCAUCUAAGAAGAAAUCAUAG